AUGGGCUCAAUAGAUCGCGACAUCUCAUCCGAGCUCUCAUUAGAGGAUGCCGUGAGCCUUCUCUCAGGGCAUGACUUCUGGCAUACUCGUCCCAAUGAAGCUCUCGGCCUUGGUUCACUCAAAUUCUCUGAUGGCCCAAAUGGCGUCCGAGGCGAAGAUUGGAUCAAUGGAGCGCCAUCUGCAGCCAUUCCUUGUGGGACAGCUUUGGGUGCCUCUUUCGAUGUCGAAUUGGUAUCGAAAUUGGCUGGUGUUCUCGCGAGAGAAUGUAAGCGUAAAGGCGUGCAUGGACUCCUCGCUCCAACCAUGAACAUCCAUCGCUACCCUUUGUGUGGACGAAACUUUGAAUCCUUCAGCGAAGACCCCUUGCUCACUGGUCUCGUUGCUGCAUCUUUCGUCAAUGGUCUCCAAGCACAGGGCAUCGCCACCAGCCCAAAGCACUUUCUAGCCAACGAGGCAGAGAACGGCCGACGAUGGAGUGACAGCGUUAUCGAAGAGCGAGCACUACGGGAGAUAUACAUUGAGCCUUUCAGAAUUGUUGUGGAACAGGCAGAUCCAUGGUGUAUCAUGACUGCAUAUAACUCUGUUAACGGAUCAUUCUGUUCUGAAUCCCUGAAUCUUUUAUCCAUCCUCCGCGACGAAUGGCGAUACAAUGGCGCGGUCAUCUCAGACUGGUUCGGAACCUACAGCACGGCUGAAGCCUUCAAAGCUGGCCUUGAUCUCGAAAUGCCAGGCCCGACGAAGUUCCGCGAAUAUGAUCAAGUGUUGAAGGCUAUAAAGAGGGGAGGAGUAAAGAAGCAUCAGAUCACGGACUCAGCCACGAGAGUUAUCGAUCUUCUUCGAAAGACUGAUCGUGUCGGAGAACCUGGUUUCCCGCUCCCGUUAAAGGCCGAAGAACCAGACUACCUCGACGAUAUCAAGUCGAGAAUGUUGAUUCGACAGACUGCUGAGUCCAGUAUGGUGCUUCUCAAGAAUGAUAGAGAUAUACUUCCACUUGUUGAUCGAGAUACCAGACUCGCUGUGUUUGGGCAUCAUGCUACAGAGCCUUCCCUGUUCGGUGGGGGGUCUGCUAGCCUCAAAGUUCCAUACUCUUCAACUCCAUGGGACGCUCUCAAGAAGACCUAUAAGAACUCCACGCUUGGGGCCGGCGUGGCUGUCAACCGACUGGUGCCACUACCGAACGAAUCCGGCCUUGACAUCGAGAAUAUCGCGCUUCUUUGGUAUAACGGAGACCAGCCCUCUACAGAAAAGCUUUUUCACGCUCAGGAGUUGAAAGACACUUUGUACAUGCUUGUUGAGCAUGCACCACAUGGUCUGCUGGACCGCUCUGACUUUUGCACAAGCAUGAAGUUCGAGUUUGUCGCACAAAAGACGGGGCCAUAUAACCUUAGUUUGAGUGGCCCUGGUAACGCAAAGUGUCUGUUGGACGACUGGGUUGUUCUUGAUGUUGAACGAGAUCUCAACGUUUCUACUGAGGAUUUUCUCUUUGAACGUUCCAAGCUUGAAAUCUGUCGAGAUGAACCGCUACUGCUGGAAACAGGUCGACGGUACAAGUUUGAGGUUUUGAGCUGGUCUUCGAAACACAAGUCUCACAAAGUGAACCGUGAGUUCUUCAUCCAGGGUUGUCGACUGGGUCUAGCACUCGCGAGCGAUGAUGAUAGAGCUUUGGCCAGGGCAGAGAGACUCGCAGAGACUGUUGACACUGCCCUGGUAGUUGUUGGGACUGGUACGGAAUGGGAAUCCGAGGGAUUUGACCGUGUGAGCAUGCAGCUCCCACGUCGACAAGAUGAGCUCAUCCUUCGUGUCGCUAAAGCAUGCCACGGCCAAACAACCGUGGUAGUAAAUGCCGGAUCGCCCAUUGACACGAGUGCUUGGAUCGAUGCAGUUGACGCAGUUAUCUACGCGUGGUUUCCAGGUAUGGAAUUCGGCAAUGCGCUGGCUAGAGUUAUAUCCGGAGAAGUAUCGCCAUGCGCUCGACUUCCAACCACGUUUUGGGAUACGGUGGAAGAUUAUCCUGCUGGUCAUGUCGAGAGCCUGAUGACUUCUGACAAGGAGAUACAUUAUCGUGAGGGUAUUUACGUCGGGUACCGUCAACAGUCACUUCAGACGUACAACCCUCGAUUCGCAUUUGGUCAUGGUUUGUCAUACACCACAUUCAGCUGUUCUGUCAAAAGCCUUAUGUACUUUACGUUUGACCCCCGUCAAGAAACAGCCCAGGUGGCUUUGACAGUUCGGAAUACAGGGUCGCUGGCUGCCAGUCAGACCGUGCUCCUCUUUGUUGAAGCUUUAGAGCCGGCGACACCGAGACCGAACGUAGAGCUACGAGCAUUUGCAAAGACUGAGAUUCUUGAGCCGGAAACUUCGCAAGAUCUGGAGUUCUGCUUGAAAGCUCGGGACUUCUCGUGGUGGGAUGUUAAAGAUCAUUUUUGGCGCGUUGACACUGGAAAUUACAGGAUUCGCGUAGCCGGGCCGCGAGGAGCUGGAGACUGGAAGAAUAUUGAAGACAUUACUGUGAGAUUUGAUGAAGGUAUGACGAUAGCUUAG